CUCGAAUCCAUCUUCAGCCUCUUCUACAUGAUUUAGAGUAGAGCUUCGCGAAGCUUUAACCCCCUAACGAUGUACCACCUUGCCAAGGGCCUCUAUAUGUUGGCGACAAGUAAAGAAGAAUACUCCGUCAUCCUCCUCGGCCUCGACAAUGCCGGCAAGACGACCUUCCACGAGCAGGUCAAAUCCAUGUUCCUCCCCAAUGCGCCUGAGCCGAAGCUCAAGACGGUCCCCACCGUCGGCCAGAACGUCUCGACCAUAACGCUGCCAGACAUGUAUCUCAAGCUCUGGGACGUUGGCGGCCAGCACUCCCUGCGCAAGCUAUGGCAGAGCUACUACGCCAGCUGCCACGCCAUCGUCUUCAUCAUCGACAGCACGGACAUUGGCGACGGCGACCUGGCGCACGAGAACAUCGGCCGGCUGGACGAGUGCAGGCUGGUGCUGGAAGACGUGCUACAGCACUCGGAGACGGAAGGCGUGCCGCUAUUGAUAUUGGCGAACAAGCAAGACAGGGAGGACUGCGUCGAGACGAUCCGGAUCAAGGAGGGGCUGGUGAAGCGGGUCAUGGAGGGCGAGAAGGGCAGCGCCAUUCGCGACUCACGGGUGCUUGCCAUGAGUGCGCUGACGGGUGACGGCGUGAGAGAAGCGAUUGAUUGGGUGCGGUCGAGGGUCCAGUGGAAUAAGGAGUCGAGGCCACCUGUUAUGAGGUAGCGAGCGGGUGUUACUUUGCGAUACGCACGGCAUAGAAGAGAGGGGGGAGCCAACGGAUUCGGCCCUUGCGGACGGAGAACGAAAGUUAUAUCAUGUGUGAGGUGUUGCGAGGCGUUUUUUGGUUGGAUAGAAGCUGGGUCACGUUCUGCUCUUUUAUAUCUGGUCAUCAUCAUAUCAUGGCGAAAGCUGAGCACAUUCAUCAGCGGAAAACUUCUGUUAGGGGUAUCAUGCAUUUUGUUUGCCUUUCUUCUUUGUUUCUAUUCUUGAUUAAGAUUUUAACAUGUAGAUCAUAUUAGUAUUGCCUUUUGCUUAUUUUUCUUCUCUGAGCAUCAUCGUCAUCUCUCGUUCUCUGCAGAUAGUUCAGCCAUCAAGCCGCCCUUGUCCCGCCUCUUCGCAUCCUCUGCCAGUCUCGCAUCAACCAGAUCCGUAAACUCCUUUGACUUUGCCAGCGCCGUCUGGGCGCACUGGAUAAUCAACGUAGCUUCCACGGGCUUGCCUCCCAACUUGGAAAUCUGGCAAAUUUCACCAUGCUUGUUCAGACUAAACGUCACGCUGCCCACCCGCAGCUGUUCUUCGAGCCAUGUUGUGUCCACUAAAACAAUCUCGCCGUCCUCACCAAAGAAAUCAAACGUCGUACAGAACGGAGAGUGCAGCCAGCUCAACGGCACGGGCUCGCGCUCCGCUGCUGUGUAGAUGGUGAGUGUCUCACCCUCUAUGCUGGUGUCCGGUCUUCGAAAGUGCCUCAGGGCGGCUACGACGGCCAGACAUGAGCUGUCGAUGAGGUUGCCGUCGGCGGAUAGAAUGUGCAAGUCGACUCUGACGGACCAGCAUUUCUGGCCGGCGAUGAGACAGAGAGAUUCCGUGUCCAGGGCUCCUGAUCUCCGGACCGUCUUUUCGAGGAGUCUGGCGAG